CGAAGGCACUAAUAUGCACGGCUAUGUAUCAUACGUACUAUGUACUAAGGAACUCGCGUCAGCGAUUUCGGCGCUCACUUAUCAACCCUGCUGCAUCGCUCACGAUUUUAUCUAUCCAUCCAUCCAUCCAUCCAUCCAUCCAUCCAUCCAUCCAUCCAUCCAUCCAUUCAUUUUUCUGUCUGUCAUUGAUUAUGUAAUCAAUAUCCACGAAUUGUCAACCAUUAUUGUCUACCGUGGUUAUUGUUUCUUCAACGCUAAUAUUAUGGCAUGCCUCUUCCCUCCUGAUCCUCUGCUAGCGUAACUAGGCGUAACCUGUUCCUAGCUCUAUUUUAUCUGUUUGCGAGAACGUAAGCAUGCUAGAUGUCAUGCUUUGUAUGGUUUGCGCCAAUGCAUAUGUCUAUUUGAGUAGGGCAAGCAAAAGUAUAUCGACUGCCUCUGGUGCAAAUAUAAUGAGUGGAGAUAUCAAUUUAAUAUGAAGCCGCAGUGUGGGUCAUGGCACGCCAUUAGUGAUACGGAGCUGGCGUGGUGAGAUUCAUUUCUGCAUCAUGGCGACAGCUGAUGGUUCACUGUGCAACAUCUCCGGGUCUGUGUCCGAGAAUGGGAGCUUGGUCGGCUGCAUGGAGUCGGACGUUGAACAGGGCGUAGUCCCAGCAAUUCAGGCGUGGAUCACUUACCUGCUGAUUCCUGUCAACAUUCUCAGCAUACUUGCUAAUCUUCUCGUCAUCUUGGCUGUGACACGGACAUCACACCUGCAGGAGCCGGCACACAAGCUGAUCGCAAACUUGGCUGUCGCCGAUUUCCUCAUGGGUGUGCAAGGAGCCUUCUUCUCACCAACGGUCAUUCUAGUCGAGUUCCCACCAAAGAUCAUAUGCCUUGGACACUUUACUUUGGCUACGCUCUCGGCCAUCGGAUCAAUGACCACUCUCAUUGCCAUCAACGUAGACAGGUAUAUUGCAAUAUCGCGACCGCUACACUACUACCAGAUCGUCACACCGCGCGUUGUCUUGGUAAUGGUAGGUCUGGCUUGGGGCUUUGCCCUCCUCGUAAGCGUGCUAACUCUCAUUGGCAACCGCUGGCAGCCGGAUCAACCAUGUAUCUAUGACACCGUCACGAGUAGAACAUCUGUCAUCUUUUCGGCGAUAGUCGUUGGUACGUGUGGCGUCGCCAUCUUCUCCAUCUACGGUUACAUGAUGAUGAUUGCCAAGCACCACCAGCAGCAGAUCCACCAGGAACCGAGCAGCAGCGGUUCGCAGGAGCGAUCGGCACCGCUAGCUCCAUCUCCGACGCCAACUCGUGACGAGCCAUAUGAAACUUGCCCAAGACGUUUGCAUACGUACCGGUCGGCACCUUCUUCGUCUGCACUGGGCUUCCAGUAA